AUGUCCGCGCCCGCGCCCCUCUUCUUCAAGCAGCCGAUCCGCUACCUCAAAUGGGCCUCCAUCAACAAGCCCGCGUACUUCUAUUCGAUUAUCAUUGGACUGGCCGGCCCGGCGAUUCUGGUGGUUGUGCCGCCGAUACGGAGGUAUUUGGGCGAUGAGAGGAGAGCGAGGAUUCCGCAGACGUAUCCGAUACCAAAGGGACCGCGACCAAGACCGAGCGGGUUCGAGGACGAAUAGGUGGGGAAUUCGGGUGCGCGGAGCGCUCCAGGGCAUGGCACGGAGACGGGACGAUAUCAUAGGGACGCGAAGUGAGGGCGAAAGAACAUGUCUAAGGAACAUGCACUUGAGAAUAGGCCAAUAAAGCCAGAGCCUUGUACUUGUACAAAGCCAAUUUCCUUUCAACCAAACGCCUUCUCAGACCCUCAGCUGAAGCCGCAGUUACCUAAUCUUCGAUCACCCGUUAAGCUUCCUGAAGUCCGACAACGCUUCAUCGAGACCCACGAAAGACCCAUGACCAGAGACGUAAAAGCCAUCAGCUAGUUAUGCCGCACCCGCUU